GCCAAACAGGCCAAGGUGGGCAGUGCGGUCUGUUCACUACGGCUUAAGGCUUGGGCCCGCCUUUGGCACGUGAGAAGCUACGCCAGUCAGGAUGUUCACAAAUGGCUUGGCAUGCUUGGCCAUUUGUUAAUCACGGUUUGUCAUGUCUUUGAGUCAGUCCAUAGGCCCCCGGCUGCGCUUGCCUCCUAAUUUCACAGCCUGGUUUGCUCAUCCUGCACCCGUGUACAUGCCAUGGUUUCUGCAAGUACAUCUGGAGAAGCCGCAGCUCAAGCUUUGCGGGCUCUGAGGCGAGCUGCCCAACUGCACACGGAGCGUAGAGCAGCGACCUCCAAGCCCGGGAAGCCCGUGGCGCAGAAUGCGCGUCGAGGUCGCGGGAUGGGCUCGGAUGCAACGCAGCUUUCGCAGCCAGCAACUCAACAGUCUCAAAUGGGGUUUUCACAGGCGGAUACUGUGCCGGGAGACCAGUGUUGCUCACAGCGUGAUGAUCGUGAUGCGCUGGCAUCCUUGUCAACGCAGACGCCUUCGAACAUGCAAUCGUCCAGCCUGGACACAUCGCGAGCAUCACAGGUCUUCUCACAGCCUGUGAGGGCAACACAGCCAGCAAACCCCGCUCCACAGUGGAUGCAUCCUUCGUCGCAGCAUCACUUGGACCAACAGUCCUUUGGCAUGCAUCAGCAGCAUUCGCAUGCACCCUCGCUGUCCCAGCCACUUUGGCCAAGCUCGCAGCAUGAUGGUCCAAGCUGCGCAUGGCCCAGUUCCCAGCCUCAGCUGACCGAUCAGAUACGCAUGCCCGUUCAGCAAAACUUGCUUCAUCCCUCGACCUACCAUCCGCAGGCGCAAAGCAGCGUCGCUGAAGCAGCUGCUGCACUGGCUGCAGCGCUUGCUCCUCUAGCUGGAGCUGGAGGUCAUGGCGUGGUCCGUCGUCGGUACCGAUGCAAGGCGCCACCUCCGCCAUGCAGCCCGCACUCGACAGUCAGGCCCAGAAGUCCGAGUGUGAGCUCAACACCGUGCAGGUCACGCAAUGACAUGCACUGGAAGAGGCGGCGCGUGCGAAGGCAGAAAUCGCAGGCUGAGGUUGUCAAGGAAGUGAGCACUGAGACCAUCCGCACAUGCGUGGGUCGCCUGUCAGAGGACCUUCGCAGGAAAGACAAAGAGCGUGCUGCAGGGCGCACGAAGUGCCAAAAGGCAGCCAGCAUGGUCUUGCGGCUGCUCAAUGAGCAUCAGCGGGCGUGCAGGGAGAGUGGUGAAGCACUUGCUGGCACCAUCAAAGCAGCGGAUGCUGCUCUUUCAGCCGUUGUUGCCCUGGAGAGGUUGCACUGCACUGAGCAGGGCAGGCUUAGUGCACCUCCCAUGCCGGCUCGCUCUCGAGCCACGAGUUUGCCUAUGGGCCUCCCGACAGGGUCGGUGAACAUGUCCAAGCGGAAGCGACGAAUUGAUGGCAUCACUGCUUGAGCCAGCCAGAGAUACUGAGUCAUUUCAGUGUUG